AUGAUCUCCAUACGUAGGAAGGUAGUCCUACUGGACUUUACUUUCUAUUGCUAAAUAGAAUCCAUCUAAUUUUGUUUUCUUAUUUUUAAGAACUCUUUUUUAAAAAAUUAUGUAUUUCUUUUAUUGAUAAUCAACCAUUGUGCGGUUCAGUGCUUAAAGAGCUUACAAUUUUAUGAUGGCAGGUUUGUGUUCAAACCAUGCACAGUCUGCAUGUUACAUUUGGCUGAUUUCAUUGCUCAUAAAUAACUCCAAUGUUUUGCUGGAUGCUUGGAUGUAACAGGCCUUUGUAGCUGACACAUUUCAAGCAAUGCUGUUCAGCUGCCUGUUUGAAUAACAUUUAUUUUUGAAAACUAAGUUUGCAGUUAGUAGUAGCUUGCUUUACAUUUUCUUUAAAACAAAUUGAGAUUUUGGCUCAGAAAGCUCUUUAAGUUUCAAAGAAGUGUGUUUAUUUAUUUUUGAUAUAGGCAGAAGAAAGGCAUGGCAACAUUGAAGAGCGCAUGAGACACUUGGAGGCCCAACUGGAGGAGAAGAACCAGGAGCUUCAAAGAGUAUGUGUAUUGUUGAUCAUUUCAUUUAUAGUUUGACUCGUCUAAGCUAAAUGCAUCACACUGUUUCACAUAGUCCCCCUUUUACCUAAAAAAUGAGUCUCAUAUCUAGAAGCUCAACUGGAAGAGAAGAAUCAGAAUUUCCCCUGAAUUGCUUAUAUUUAUUUAUUUUUUGACUUGAUGAAUAUGAAUGGAACGAUUAUCAGCUAUUGAAUGUGCGCAAAUGUUUGCUUCAGCAGUAGUGCUAAUAAAUUUUAUCCUCUGUCAGUAUUUGUUUUUGCUGUGCGCUACUGUACCACGGGUACUGUGACACAGGUGGCACUGUGGUCUAAACCACAGAGCCUAGGGCUUGCCGAUUGGAAGGUUGGCGGUUCGAAUCCCCGCGAUGGGUUGAGCUCCCAUUGCUUGGUCCCUGCUCCUGCCAACCUAGCAGUUCGAAAGCACAUCAAAGUGCAAGUAAAUAAAUAGGUACCACUCCUGCAGGAAGGUAAAUGGUGUUUCCGUGUGCUGCUCUGGUUCGCCAGAAGCUGCUUAGUCAUGCUGGUCACAUGACCCAGAAGCUGUACGCCGGCUCCCUCGGCCAAUAAAGCGAGAUGAGCACCGCAACCCUAGAGUCGUCUGCGACUGGACCUAAUGGUCAGGGGUCCCUUUACCUUUACCGUACCAGGGUAUCAUUACUGUGAUUUCAGUUACAAUAAUCCACCACUCGUGUUUCACUAAUGAUAACAUUUUAGAUAACUUUGGAACCGCCCAUUUUGUUUCCUUGAUACUUUAUUGAAGGCAAGGCAAAGAGAAAAAAUGAAUGAAGAGCACAACAAGAGAUUAUCAGAUACUGUGGACAGACUUUUGACAGAAUCUAAUGAGCGCCUGCAGCUACAUUUAAAAGAGAGAAUGGCAGCAUUGGAAGAAAAGGUAAAAUGAGCAAAACAAAUGGUUCAUAUACAAUGGUAGUCAUGCUCAGAACAGAAUCAAUGGAUCAGCCUAAGAAGAAAUGUACUAAGCUGCCUUUUGCUUAGAGUAUUGGCCCAUCUAGCUCAAUACACUCUGAGUAUAUGACCCAAUUGAAUAUCGUUCCAUACUUACCUUGAUUUGUAUUUUUGGUUUCCUUUUUUCUGUUCUUGAUACUAUGGGGGGAAAGCAAAUAAAUACUUAGGGCAUGAUCCCUUGCCCAUCAAAUCUUCCUGUCCUUUCCUGUAUGUGAAAUCCUCACUGACUUUCCUUCCUUCCGGCUUUCUUCAAAACUCAGUGGAGCUACUCAUGUACUCAGGGGUAUUUGCAGUACACAGACUGGGCCAUGUGCUUAAUGUUUAAAAUGUUAAUCCUAUGUUGAUGGCAAAAUGUCAGUCCAAAAUUGAUGCCGUCUGAUAGCUAUCAGUGUUAAUAGUAGAACUUUUAACAUAUUCAUAAAAGGAUAGUCAAUACUUGUUAUUACAAUAGGAAGCGUGAAAAAAAUGCAGAUUCUGCAGAAAUGUGUUUUAUUUUGCUGUAAUUUCUCUACUUUUGAUCUUUUCUCUUUCUUAGAAUGUUUUAAUACAAGAAUCAGAAAGCUUUAGGAAGAACUUGGAAGAAUCAUUACAUGAUAAGGUAUUCUUUCUUUCCUACCUGCAUUCACCUUUAUUUUAAAAAGCAACUGAUUACCAAAAAAGAAGUAGUAAUCUUCGGAAUUCAAAACCUGAAAAUGUUCCUAAAGAUAAUAGAACCUAUGGUUGUAUCCAACUAAGACACUGCAAGAGGAACAACUUCUACUUGUGUAGAGGAAGCUCUCUUUCCACGCCCAGUUGUGUCGCAAUGGGGGGUGGGUGGGCGGUACGCCUUGGGUUCCAUAUCUGCGGGGUUGACAAGAAGUCACCCUGUGGUGGCUCGUCGUGGCACGAGCAGCCAUCGCGCCACAGCAGCCACAUGUGGAGGAUCCUCCAUUUGCGGUUGCAGCUGCAAGAAGAGGAUCCCAGCACCGCCGGCAAACCGCUAAGUACAGCGCAUGUGCGGUGUCACAUGCAUUCACUGUACGUAGCGACGUUGCGCAUGCGCAGUGUAGCGGUUUGCAGCCGGUGCCAUUCCAGUGCCAUACGGACGGUGCCAGGAUCCCUCCUUCUCUGCUACAGCUGCGAACGGAGGAAUCGGAUCCUCCGUUCGUGGCUGCAGCCACGAGCACAGGAUCCCAGCACCGUUGUACGGUGCUGGAGUGGCGCCGGCAGCAAACUGCUAUACAGCACAUGCACAGCGUCACAUGCAAGUGCUGUACGUAGUGAGGCCACACAUGCGCUGUAUAGCGGUUUGCCGCCGGAGCUGCUCCAGUGCCGUACGGACGGUGGCAGGAUUCUCUGCUCGUGGCUGCAGCUGCAAAUGGAGGAUCCUCCGUUCGCGGCUGUAGCGGCAACGAAGGGAUCCUGGCACCGUACAUACGGCGCUGGAGUGGCGCCGGCGGCAAACCACUAUACAGCACAUGUGUGGCGUCACUUCAUACGGUGCAUGCGUCAUACGUAGCGAUGCUGCACAUGCGUCCUACAUCGUGACGCCCGCCCCAGGUACCACGGCACCUUCCUUCAUCCCUGCCCAUGCCUCCCUUUGUGUGCCCCUUGCACCCCCUCUAUAUCUGAUAUGGAGCUCCCUCAACCCUCCAAAUCAGAUUGCAGGGGAUGCAAUGGAAGGAGAAGGUGCAGAAGUUUCAUUGUGUGAGCUGGACAGUGCUAUUGUUCACACAUCCAAGUGAAGAUAUGAGAGAGCUACAAGCCACACAGCAUCAGCAUUCAGCCAUACACUAGAGAACCCGCACCUCUGUAGGCUGCAACCCUCAGCACAUUUCUCUGGGAGUGAGCCCCACUGAAUGCAACUUACUUCCAAGUGAGCAUGCAUCAAAUUGGGCUGUACACUUCAAGUAGUGUUUAUUGGCCUGCUGAUACUAUUUAUGGACCCUAGUGCAGGCAUGAAUUGCCCCCACAAAAUAUGUGGGCUGGAUCCAUUUGGUUGAAUGAAAGACUUUCCUCCAAACUCCCACAUUCGUAUGUAAAUACCUCCUUCCCCACUCUAGAGAUGCAUUUUGAUUGCUCUGUUUCCAUAGAAUGCUCAGUUCUGGGUGGUCAAUGGCCAGAAACUUAUUGAGGACAUGAGUCUUGAGCUUUCGGCCCCACAUCUACCCAAUCCUGACAGUCAUAUUAAAAAUAGCAUCAAAAUUGCCCUUUGCAAGUCAACACAGCUUAACCCCUGUACCACUGAUUUAAUGAACCAGUCAAAUUCAUUACAAACAUUUAUAACAAAUGCCAUUUUUCUAAUUCUUUACCAACCUACAGCCAGUAGAUAACAUAAAUUCAACCAAUCAUAUUUAAGUAAGCAGAAAGUAAUUUUGCUAGGUAUCAGAUUAAAUAGAAAUAGAAGGAGUGGAACGGGAAAGAAUUGUGGCUGAGCCCUGAGUCUAGGGGCAAAAUAACUGUUAAUACUUGAUAUCGGAACCAAACAUGAAGGGAAGAAAUUGUAGACAAAUACAUUUUUUAAUUUGGCUGCCAUUUGUUCCUAAAAAGAGAAUUUUCAGAAGGAAUGGAUGGGAUUAGACUUCUGGAUAUGACUCAUGAGCUCCUUGUUGCUUCAUUUGUUUAUUUUAACAAUUUGUUGGCCACAUUCUGUUCCAAAGAAUGGUACCUGAAGCAGUGUGCUUCCUUCCAAUUAUGCUUUUCCCCACAUUUUGUCUAUACUUGUUGUCAGGAAGAGACUGAAUCUUUUUUUGGGGGGAGGGGAAUGUCAUAUUUAGCAUUUAUGGAAUGUAAAUAGCUGUUGCCUAUAUGUAUUUUGUGCAGUUGAAAAAUAUGUUUCCAGAAUUUAUUCAUGUAUUUGGUUUUUGAUUUACUGCAUUUAUAGCCUGCCUGCCCCCCCCCCCCGGAAGAGCUCAAGACAUGCUUGCCCCAUGUUUUGUCCUCCUAACAACCCAGUGAGCUAGGAUAGGCCAAGAGAGAGUGGAUGACCCAAGAUUCUUCAGUUUUCUUCUUGUCCUGAGUGGGGAUUUGUACUGGAGUCUUCCUAGCCCUAGUCUGACACACUAACCACCAUACCAUGCUGCCCCCCCUUUACAUUUUCUUAGCUAAAAGAAUAAGUGGCACAGCAGAAGGAUACUAUGAUUCUUCCUGAUACCAAGAACAAGUGGGGGCAGGUUUCACAGGAAUAAGUAGAUCCUCUUUCCCCAACAUGGUACCCUCCAGAUGUUUCAUACAACAAUUUCCAUCAGUCAGUGCAGCACAGUCAUGAUAGCUGCUCCUUAAGGGAGUUCCAUGAGCUGGAGCUGGACCUAGUCAUACUUAGAGUAGAAUACUCAAAUCAAUUCUUUUAAAAGGACUAUUCCAAACCUAAGUCUGGAUCCGAGCCAAAUGAUUUCGUAUAUAAAAUCCUGUGCAUUUUUCUUUGACUGCUUUUGUUGAAAAUUCGAGCUGCAUUUUUUCCCCCCGAUAGAGAAGUGUCUAGAUUCCUGUUGUUGUUACUAUAUUAAUUUAGGAAUAGUUUCUUGCUUAUGCAGUUCACCCCUGUUCAUUGAGGGCUAGUGGUUUUAUCAUGCUAAACUGAGCUCAAACUGCUGUACCAAACCUUUUAAAAAAAUUAGGGGAAGUGUUCUUUGUCCUCGAUCCUGUUAUUUGUGACUGACCCAUAAGAACAAGUAAGAAACAAUUGAUUCAAAUCUGAUGGUUUUCAGUGUGCCUCAAUGACAACUAACGUUAGCUGGAUUUAUGUAUUUGUUGCAAAGUGUUAUUCUUUUAAGAACUCUGUGCGGUCAAACCCCGAUUCUUGAACUUAAUCCAUUCCAGAAGCCCGUUCGGCUUCUGAAAUGUUCAACAAUUGAGGCAUGGCUUCCGUUUGGUUGCAAGGCUUCCUCCACUCAAGCAGGAAGCUGCAUUGGACAUUUGGCUUCUGAAAAGCGUUUGAAAACCAGAGCAUUUACUUCCGGGUUUUCGCCAUUUGGGAGCCAAAACUUUCCAAAACGGAGGAGUUCAGGAGCUGAGGUUUGACUGUAUAAACUUUAAAACAGCAAAGAAGGAAUGCAAAAUUGGUGAAAACUGGACUCUUUGGAAUGUAUUUAUAGUCUUCCACUUGUUAUGUCUGGCAUCACUAAAAAUCACCAAUGAUUAGUUUGUCUAGCUAACAAAGGAAUUUUUUUCUACAAUUCUCCCGUUAAUAAUUUAUUUUUCAUAUUGUAAAAAUAUCUAUAGACGUGUUUUGUUGGGCUGUUUAAAAUGAUUAGUUGGUUUAUUGCAACUUUAACCUUAAUAAGUAAUGCUAUUCAAUAAGUAAUGAGUCCAACAAAUUACUUAUUUAACAAAUAUUAGUUUUAAUGAAAAUAAUAUUUUUACAACCCCUUGCUAGGCUGAUACAAUGUAAGUUGGUACUUUGUUGCCGAGAAGCUUAAUGUUGUUCACUGAUAUUAAUUUUGAUAAAUGUAAGUUUUGAUAUAAAACAUUGUUGACUUCUUAUUAUUAUCAUUAUUUCCAGGAAAGAUUGGCAGAUGAAAUAGACAAGCUGAGAGUUGAACUUGACCAGUUGAAAAUAAGAGCAGGUUCUUUAAUUGAUCCCACGUUGUCAAGGUAGCCUAAGAAAAUCAUAAUAUUUUCUUAAUUUUAAUAUAUUUAAAAUCAUACUAUGUUGAAAAUACUGUUUGCAGUUCACCAUCCACCAUGUGUUACAAGCAGCCUUUGAAAAUGUUAUCACUUUAAUCAUCGUCAUUUUCUAAGGCACUGGGUGAAGUGCUUCCUUUCAUAACUGCCAAUGGGAAAUCUGCUUUAGGCAUUUAUAGGUUGUUUUACGUGGGUUUUGAGAAAGUGGUGGCAGGAAGAGGAAUGGACAAAUAAGUCCAUGCUUAAAUUCAGAUGUGAUGAAUAUUGCAUUAGUUCUCCUGAUUAUAAUGCUAGCACAUCUGUCCCAUUUUCUAAUGUUCCUUUCAUGUUGCAAUACCUGUUGCAUUAGGGAACCUGUAGCAUUUAGUGCUAACAUUCAUUCACAUCAGUGGUCAUGGUGUGGUGUGACACACAGUGAAUGUCACUAGACGAGAUUGAUGCUCCCCCAUUCAUCCUUUCACAUAUGUGCUUCUGUUUCUCCAUUACGUCCCCAUGAAAACAGCAGGAAAGAACUUUGUGCCAGUGUACCACCCCCAAUUUUGUCCCUUCCAUGAUUUUCUGGGUUAAGGGGCUGCAAAGUGAUUUUUUUCUAGUAACAGGUAGGUAGCCGUGUUGGUCUGCCGUAGUCGAAACAAAAACAAAAAAAAUCCUUCCAGUAGCAGCUUAGAGACCAACUAAGUUUGUUCUUGGUAUGAGCUUUCGUGUGCAUGCACACUUGUUCAGAUACACUGAAGCAGACCCUUAUAUAUAUUGAGAGGGUGGGGAGGGGUAUUGCUCAGAAGGGUGGUGGGAAUGGGUGGUUGGCUGAUAGGUGUGGUAAACCAGUUGACAACUGCAAUUGGUCUUACAGGAAAAAGCAAGGAGUGAGAUGGAUUCCUAUCUCAUUAUACAUGUGGAUUCUUAUCUCAUUAUACAUGAUAAAGCUAUUUUUAGCCCUCUCACCGCUUGCUUUUUCCUGUAAGACCAAUUGUAGUCAUUAACAGGCGUCAACUGGUUUACCACACCUAUCAGCCAAUCACCCAUUCCCACCACCUUUCUGAGUAAUACCCCUCCCCACCCUCUCACUAUAUAUAAGGUCAUACCAAGAACAAACUUAGUUGGUCUCUAAGGUGCUACUGGAAGGAUUUAUUUUUUUCAAGAAUCAAAUAACAUGGAAGUGAGCACUAAACAUGCACCAUGUGCCACUGGUUUUCAGGAAAUGGCUUUUAUGUCACGUGAAAGCUCACAUGCAAUGCAGAAAUUAACAAUUAGGGAAAUGGAAUAAACUUCAUGUAAAUGCAGCCUGUUUCUGAUUUGUAUGACUUUUAUAUACAGUUACCCAUAAGUCUGUUCUGCUUCAUCUCCACGUUAAGUUUUAUUUCAAUCUGGGGGAGGGGAAAAGAUCACAUUUCAAGUGUAUAUUUAAGUGUGUCUUUUAAAAUGUAUCUUUUCUCAAAAUACACCCUUGUAAAUGAUGAAACGUUUGAGCUGAGAAUUAUGCAGAAACAUUUGGGAAGUGCAAAAGCUAGUGGGAAACUUAAGCUUCAUCCAAGAGUUGUUCAUUUGGUCUUGAAUCCUGGUUGAUUUCAACCCAAGUCUUGCCAGUUCAAGUUUCAUUGCUCUCUCCACACCACACUGACUCUCAGGAAAACGUGUCAUUUUGAGUUUUACUGAUUAUUUCUAGUUUCCAUUCAGAUACAUCACAGAGCUUUAUUACCCUCAUAGCAUUUCAGGAAAUCAGCCAAAAUUGUUUUCUUUAUGUAUAGAAUGAGAUUUCACAGGAUGAACGUCUCCGCACAUUGUAAAAUAGUUGAUAAAUUAUUGAUACAUUAUUUUCUUUUACAGUUUGGUUUAUUUAUUUGCAUCUGCUAAUUCGUGUGCUGCAACUGUUUUUUCAGACCACAUCUUGAUUCAUCAACAGAGCUGAGGUACUCUGUGAGCUCCCUAGUUGAUAGCCAACCAGAUUAUAGGUCUACUAAGGUGAUAAGAAGACCUAGAAGAGGCCGUAUGGGAAUCCGGAGAGACGAACCAAAGGUUUAUCUUGUUAUCUUGUUCUUUGUUUAUUAAAAGCAGUGCUCCUAUUAUAGUAAUGGAAAUGGAUAAGUUUUAGCCAUAGUGGUCCAAGGAGUCUGGAUGAUCAGUGACAGAGGCACAACAUUCACUGCUGCUCAGGAAGAUUGGCUUGGUAAGGAGGAACUGUAGUCCAGCCAAGGCCUUGCCUCAAGGCCAUUCCUCUUUCUGGAAAGUGACUCUUGUACAAGUGGCCUGAGAAAACUAAAACAUGUUAAUCAAUGCCAACAGUGUUUCAACAUGCUAGGCUUUCUGUUUUUAAUUUCUCUCAAAAUUAACAUUUGAAAUGAGGCUGAUCGGUAUGCAUUUCUUUCCAAUUAGGUGAAAUCCCUUGGAGAUCAUGAAUGGAGCAGAAGUCAACCGAUGGGUGUUCUGAGCAGCCAUCAUUUUGAGAGUGACACUGAAAUGUCUGACAUUGAUGAUGACGACAGAGAUACAAUAUUUAGCUCCAUGGAUCUUCUGUCGCCAAGUGGACAUUCUGAUGCCCAAACCCUUGCUAUGAUGCUUCAGGAACAACUGGAUGCAAUCAACAAAGAAAUCAGGUACUUGUACAUCACCAAAAAGCAAGAGCUUUCUCAUCCCAGGCAACAAAUCGUGGAAAUGCUUGCAAUAAAUAAAAUGGGUUUAUUCACAUGCAUCUGGCUGGUCUCUGAGGGAAGCAGAACAACCAACUUAGGUGGAAUUUUAUUCAUAUCAGCAGUGCAAUCCUGAAACACCUAUUAUGUAUUUUUCAAAAGAAAAGGCAAAUGUGUACACUUGUUUAAGAGAAUUUGUAUACCGCUUUAUUGUCAGCAAAACCAGUAAGCAUUUAAUGUCUCCCCAAAAGUAGACCCUUUAGUUCAGCUAUGUUCAUGUAAUAUACAGCCAUAAGAGACAACUACGCAAUACCUUUUAGGCCCCUUAACAUUUAAACUGUUUGUUGUGUAGGUUUUCCACCUUUCAAGGUGGAAUGUUUCAGCUGUGGUGAACCUUUGAAGUCAUUUAAGCAACUGAUUCUACAAAAUUGCUAAAUCAAUUGAAAUAGAUGCUUUGACUACAGUGUACAUCAUUAUAAUGUUUGACAUUUUAUUUUAUUUUUUUAUAUUUUGCUGGAAGCCACCCAGAGUGGCUGGGGAAACCCAGCCAGAUGGGCAGAGGUAUAAAUAAUAAAAUUAUUAUUAUUACUAUUAUCUUCCUAUUUAAAGCUCACCGAUGGGUCUCCAACAUGAUGUACUGGUGAAGCCUAUAUCAUUUGUGAAAAGCACCUUAUUAAACUGUUGCCAGGGAUCAGGGCAAGGAAGCAAUUUGCUGUACAGUGGUACCUCUGGUUACGAACGCUUCUGGUUAGGAACGCUUCAGGUUACAAGCUCUGCUAACCCGGAAGUAGCUGCUCCUGGUUGCAAACUUUGCCCCAGGAUGCGAACGGAAAUCGCGCACGCAGCAGGAGGCCCCAUUAGCAAAAGCAUGCCUCAGGAUAAGAACGUUUUAGCUUAAGACAGACCUCUGGAAUGAAUUAAAUUCAUAACCAGAGGUACCACUGUAUUGGAAUACCAUUCACAUGACAUUAGCUGUUUUAAUUCUGCUGCCUCCCAAUUCAUGUUUAUAGGUUAAUCCAAGAGGAAAAAGAAUCAACGGAAUUGCGUGCUGAAGAAAUAGAAAAUAGAGUAGCCAGUGUAAGCCUAGAAGGCUUAAACCUGGCCAGGGUCCAUCCUGGCACAUCCAUUACUGGCUCCAUUACAGCUUCCUCCCUUGCAAGUUCCUCUCCUCCAAGUGGGCAUUCUACUCCGAAACUCACUCCCCGCAGCCCAGCCAGGGAGAUGGAUCGUAUGGGCAUCAUGACACUGGUAAGAAAAUGUACAAAUACAGUUUUGUGCUGAUCGUUUCACUUAUUUUAUUACUUCUCUAAAUAAGAUUUUUUUUUUCUAUAGCUUGUUUCUUUUCCUGCUCAUUUAUUUAUUUGCCUAUUAUUAUGUUUUUGUCUGUAGUAGAAUCACGUUGACCAUUAAUACAAAAUGCAAUAUGACUUCAUAUAGGGCCAUUGCCAGUGUUACACAAGAUACAGUAAACAAUAAAAAAUAGUAAUGAAAUGAAUUUGUGGGUUGCUGGGAUAAGCACUCUUCAUUAUGUUUCCAGUCAGUGCUCCAGAAAGCUGUUUAGGAUACCAAACAAUGAAAAGUUUUGCAGCCCUUUAAAGACUUAACAAAUUUAUGAUGGCAUUCGUGUGAGAAUCCUUAAGUGCUUUUCCUAAUAAAAGGACUUCUCAGAUAUAUCAUGUCUGUUUGCACAGUGUAGGUGCUAGGCCUUGGUGGCUGUGCUGUAAAAAGACUAUAGGGCAGGGAGACCAGCUGAAGCUGAUGGAAGGCACCCCACACCACUGAGGUCACCUGAGCCUCAAGUGACAACAAGGAAUCCAGAAAUAUCCCUAAUCUGUGAACCUGCCCCUUCAGAGGGAGUAUAACCCUAUAAAGAGGAGGCAACCUUCUAGCCAUCCCAGUCUAGGGAACUGCUCACUAACAGUGCCUCAGUCUUAACUGGAUUUAGCUUCAGUUUGUUGGCUCUUAUCCAGUCCAUUACCAAUGAUCCAGCACAUCCACUCUCUCACCUGCAGAUAUAUAGGAGAAAUAGAGUUGUAUGUCAUCAGUGUAUUGCUGACAGCAUACUCCAAGCCUAUUGAUAACCCCACUCAGCAGUUUCAUGUAGACGUUAAACAGCAUAGGGGAUAAAAUCAAACCCUGAGGAACCCCACAUUGAAGGCUCCAUGGGGCUGGAGAAUCCUCCACAAGCAACACCCUCUGGAAACAACUAUCCAAGUAGGACCAGAACCACUGCAAAGUGGUGCCACCCACCCCCAACUCAGACAGCUGCUCCAGAAGGAUACCAUCGUCAAAGGUAUCGAAAGCUGCUGAGGGCUUGAGGAGAAUUAACAGGGGCACAUUUCCCUGUCUCUCUCCCAACAGAGGUCAUCAUACAGGGCGACCGAAGUAGUUUCUGUAUCAAAACCAGGCCUAAACCCUGACUGAAAUCAACCUAGAAAAUCAGUUUCCUCCAAGAGUACCUGGAUCUGGUCUGUGAGCACCUGUUCAAGAACAUUGCCCAAGAAGAAGAUAUUAGCAGUAGUUACUUAGGUUUUCUGAAUCCAGGGAGGGUUUCCUGAGGAAUGGUUUUACCACUGCCUCCCUCAAGCAGGCAGGGACCAUCCCUUCUCACAAGGAGACAUUAAUCACCUCCCUAGCCCAGCCUGCUGUCCCCUCCCUCCUAGAUAUUACCAGCUCAGGGUCUCGGGUGCUAGUGGUCACCCUGACCAACCCAAACACCUUGUCCACAUCCCCAAGCCUUACUAACUGAAAGGCAUUGCAUCUAUGAACUUCCAUUUACAAGUUUGAUACAAGAUUCCCAACUCUGGUUUGCAAGGGGUUAUUCAAGCCAUAGUUUGCCAGUUUGGAUAUCAUGGCCAACUAUGGUUUGUCAAAAGUCAGGAAGUUACUAUUAAAGUAGAAUGCAUGGGAGAAGAAAGGGAAGGGAAAGGAGGUGGAAGCCUACUACAGAGUUCAUUCAUGACAUCGAAAUCAACUCCUGGUGUUGCAACAGCAAAACAGAGUCACAAGAAGGCUUUAUUAAAGACUGGUGGGGUGGUACCAGGGCUUUUCUUCAGCUGCAACUCACCAGGAUUCAGUUCCAGCACCUCUCAGGUGGGCACCAUUGCUAUCAUAAUAGAACAAGGAAGAUGAUGAGUUCUAGAAAAAUAGCACUGGGUGGUACUACUUGGGGACAGAACUUAAUUUGCUGCAUGGCAACAAAUGCGACUUAAGGCAGCCCUGCUUUUCCUGCUGCAGUUAAAAUAGCAGCAUAAGAUCUAACUGCAAAUUAAAAGAUUCAAGUAUGUUUGUGGAGUUGGUUCCAGAGAAAACUAAGCAGAAUUCUCAUCAUACAGUAGGACUUUCCUGAGUCCUUCCCCCAUCUACUACAGAGCCCAUAAUCUCCGAAAAGCCUUCUGAGGUUCAACAUACCACCUUGAACAAUGUUGGAUGAGGCUAGUGGAGUUGCAGCAAUAUGGGGAAACUGGGGGAGAUUUCAUGGGGCUGCUUUGCAUAAGUGGAAGUGCUUUUCACCUUGCACAAGUUAACUCUAGAUCCAAGCCAUAGUAUUUUACUUGAAGUUUUGCAGUUUCCAAAACAUUGAUUUUCCGGUUUGAUGUUGAAAAAUGGAAAUGGAUAGGAUAUCAGUAUCUUUUAUUUUACCUACACGGCUUUGAUCAUUCCCCUUUGUUCUUUCCUUUGUUUUCAACUCCAGCCGAGUGAUCUCAGGAAGCACCGGAGAAAGGUAUGCAUACUUUUCUCUCUUUUUUAGCAUGCUACUGUGAAUUUUCUCCCAUGUGCACUUAAAACUCAGUUUAACCGGAUUUUUUCCACAGGUUUUUUAAAGUAAUUUUGCAAAAUGAAUUUCUGCAUUUGUAACUGGAACUUGAGAACAUCUAAAAUCAGGCCUCAGCUCUUGAAACUCACAAAGAUGAUUUGUGUCAUCUUUGAAAUUUGAUGUGUAACUCAUUGUGAAUCAUAACUUUGCAUAUUAGUUUAUACAGCUGCAGAAAACUUCUCAUUAUUCUUCUAAAUAGUAAAGCACCCUGAAUGUUAUAGCAAUACAUGUCACAAGCAUGUAUGAAACUAUCAGAAGUUGUCAUUACUUCCGGCUUAUUAAGCAGAACCCUGGUAAUUCUGUACUGAUACAUAAUUUUGAUCUUGCUUUGAUAUGUAUCCAGUUGUAACUUUGGCUAUGUAUGUGGGAUUAAUAAAACAAUGGUGGCAUGCAUCAAAUUACACAGAUGAGUCAAUAUCUGAGGCCUGUCUUUUGCUGGUCUCAAUUUUAUACACUUCUUUAGUGGCAGAGCGUGUCCUCCCUAAAAGAGGGCACGUGUUGCGGUGAGACCUGGAGACUGACCUUCUGGUUGUGGGUGGGUAUACCUCUCCCUAUAUUUAGGGCAUUUUUGCAAUUGACCUUGCUAUGCCGUCGUGUGUCAUCUGCCUUUGGGACAGGGGCACAGCAGGAAUUUUCCCCACUUGCUGAUUGGCUGUUGCCAUUUGGGUUUUGUCUGCUGCAUAGCAAAUCGUCACAACUUCUAAGGUUGCAGAUAGGCACUGGUUCAGGUGAUAGGGAUGGGAGAACAGUCACGCCAUCCCUAUGUGAAGGGUAUUCCGUUAAAGGAAUCCAGGGACUCAACUUGGUUUGGCCAACCCCUAAAGGGGAUUGUUCCCAUGCCUGAGUCCAGGGGAGCAUCUGGGGAGUGGGCAUAGUCUGUUCCCGGGCUUUCUACCUACCUCAGGUGUUCACCCUUGGCUGACCUAUGAUAGAGCUCUGGGUCAGCACUACCUGCAAGGGUGCAGGGAGCUAGUCGAACCAGAGCCUAUGCAACCACUCACUUUCUCUAAUCAAUAAAGUUGUGGCCCAAAUUCUGCCAAAAACCAAAACUAAAAUUUGAGUCAAUUGUGUUUUUAUUUAGGGGGGGGUCUCUGGGUCUAAACACGCAAUUGGUUUCCUCCCUGAAGCUACUUUGAAUACUGAAGAGUAUUUUGAGCUAGAAUAUCCAUUGUAUGUUCACAUAAAUUAGCCAGGCUUUGCAAACAUGGAGUGUGAGAAGACACAGCAUGUGUAAGCAACACAGUCCUAUCAACCUGUUCUGUACUGGGUCCAUAUAAAGUUAAUUAAAUGAUGCCUGAGGUCCAAACAUUACAGUAAGCUAAUUACUGGCCCCAUCCACUCUUGGUUUUUCUUUAUACCCCACAAUAAUUAUGUAUCUAUGUCAAGAGGAUGGGGUGUAGAAUUAUCUGUUACCAACCCAAACUUGCUCAGUAUUCUUUGUUUAUGCAACCCUGUGUAGGGUGUCCAUAUAGCCAAGAAUCUUCCACUCCUUUUCUGAAUAAAGAGGUUCACUUUCUUGAAAUUCCUCAGUUGUGUCAUGUCUUUCAUCCAUUAUAUAUUUGAGGGUGGAAACUUUCCAUCCAAUAUGGAAACAUAGGCAUUUAGCCCCCAUGGGUGCCUACAGUGGAUUACAAAGAGUUGGUACAUAAUUCCACAAGCUGUUGACACCAUUUGACACCAUGUUGCCUGGGGGCUCACCAUAGCGCCAGCACUGACCUGCGCUUGAUGUUUUAUGGCCAGUUGUGUGCUUAUUUGGGCCAGUUUGGGCCUCAGAGAUUGGAAAAUGGGACUUGAAUGGCUCUCUGUAGGGCCAUGAUCAUAUCCGAUUAUCUCCUUGGGGUUUUUCUUCUGUUACUUUUGCGUCCCAUGAAUGGAACGUGGUUUUUAUGUAAGCCCUUAUGCUUGCUUGGAAAGUAUGGUGAAUUCCAAACAGUUUGCCUACUGAACAUUUGAAUUCUUGCAAAUAACUUAGGAAGUUGGUUUCUAAGCUGCCUUUUAUGGACAUGGUUUGUUUGUAGAUCGCAGUCGUCGAAGAAGAUGGGCAUGAAGACAAAGCCACAAUAAAAUGUGAAACCUCCCCUCCUCCAACACCUAGAGCCAUUAGAAUGACUCAUACUCUACCUUCUUCAUACCACAAUGAUGCUAGAAGGUAAGAAGCUCAUUGCUUCAGACAGUAAUUCACAACUUGAAUGUGCUGUGUUCUUUUUAUAAUGCACCCAUUCAUAUGACUUCUAGGUGAACUUCCACAUAACUUCCAAUGUAUUCUAUUUAUCUGGAAAUGCAGACUGCUGGGGGGUUUUUCCACCCUGUGAUGGCUUUUCUUUUUUUCACCACUUCAUGUCAGGAUCCAUGAGAAGUAGCUUAUCUGAAGGAGAAACUGGACAAGUUUCUUUGUGAAAGAGUGGCUUUCAUUGCAUUGAUCGUGCUUGCCCUGCUUGCAUUGAUUCUUUUAGUUCCUAGCUCACCCAGGCCUCUUAUAUGGUGCAAAUGUAGUUCUCCAAGAGUAAUCGUUUCUUAAUUAAAAAUUUGUACAUCAUCACCAAGAUGGGAAUUAACUCUUACAACUUGACUCCUUGAAUUCCAUUCUGAUUUGGAUGUCUGGUCUCCCAUUUUGUAGCCCCUUUAGAUCAAACGUGAGCAGAAGUCAGAUCUAAAUCUACUGGUAGAUUUUUUGGUAAUUUGUGGUAUAUGAGCAAGGAUUCCGACUUCCAGUUGCUUAAAGAUGGCGGAUACAAGAUCACCCCCUGCCCUGUAUUACAUUGCUGAAAUGAAGAAAGCUGUGGAUAACCAAAAGUGGAUUUUGGUGUGGAAGGACAUUGAGCUCCUCAAAAUAAGUUCCUGGGUUCAGAAUGCUAUAAUUCUAAGGGUAUGUUGUUUGGCUCCAGGCUCCAGUUGUAGAUCUCAGGGUUCUAGUAAAAAUCAAGACAGACCACACAAGCCUGAAGUCUACCCUCUAAUGCUUUAAGUAAUUGAGCUGGAGCAAAAUGGUAUAUUUUUGUGGUUGCUCUUACUGCCUUGCUGUUGGCUCUCUAUAAGUGAACUAAGGAGAAGGCAACGCUCACAACAAUGAUUAAAAUGAAAAAUCCAUAUUGGAUUCAGUGAUGGGGUUUGAUAUUUGUGUGCAGAAAUGCAACUAAUACAACCAAUAAUUUGAAUCUUGGCUGACCUGUGCAAGGAGACCAGUGAAGGACUGCAAUUUUUAACAAGACCACUACUAACCUUUUGAACCCCAUAUUGCAAAAUUCUUGACAAUUUCAAUCAGGACAACCAACUUUUUUCCCCAUUGAGCUCUUCCUCCUAGAUGUAGUUUUCCUAUAACAUUGUUCGGAAUAUGCAGAGUGGGCAUUUGCAAAGCCUUGGUAAUAUUGUGUCCCAUGGAAUAAGAGUCACUUCAAGUCCAGCAGUGCCCUCCAGGUGCCCACUGGGACACAGAUAAGAAGGGGGUGGAGGCAGUGAGGUCAAGGGAACUCUGGGUUGGUGAUAUCAGCAUCCUGCAGGUGCAGGCGCACCUGUGAGGUCACCACCACCAACUCAGAGCUCCCAGCCUAGCCACCACUUCACCCCAUUCCUAGUUUGCAUGCUUUUGCCACUGUUGAUCUGCCCCCUCACACAUCGCUAAUGUUCAAAUCACCACCAAGUAGGACAUAGCAUGCCACUUCUGCAUAGUUUGUUACUCUGAUAAUAUCACUUGUAUGUGUUUGUUUUAUGCUAGGAAUCUGAGCUUGAUCACAUUACAUAAUUUGCAAGCUCUCUUUUUUUUCAUGGAAAGUGCCCUCCACAUAGGAGUUUGAAGGGUUUCCAGAGUAUGUUGAGUACACUUCUAAAGGCUUUUAUUACUAUGAGGCAAAAUGCCCUUGUAAGAAUCGUGUCUUUGUUCUUAUUGUGUGGAGCAGGAAGGCAGAUCAUUUGCAGCGAAAUUAAGUAUCUCUGGAAUUGGAAGCUGGAACAGUUUUGCUGACUACAUCUAGGCAGAGAUCCUAGAAUCAUCAUUUUCCCAAGACCUAGUUUCCCAAGACCCUAGGAUCAAGCAAUAUCUCUGCUUCUGAAUCGGAAUGCAAUGCAAUGGCAGGAUUAAUGGUUCAAAACCUUGAAAUCCAGUUUACAUUUAUGCUAUUCCAGACUUUCUGUAUCACCAGCUAUACCUCUGAUCAGCAGCAAAUGAGCAAAAGUCAAAAGACAAGUCUUAGCUCACCUUCCCAUGGUCGAGAGCUCUCUUACAAGCCAGAGUUCAUACACGAGAGCACUCUUCAGGUGCUCUGAUGCCAUGUACGAAAAUGGCAAGGCUAACAUGCCCCUCCCUAUAGCCCUACCCCUUUGCAUGAUCACAAUGCAUGACAUCAAAACACCUGAAGAGAGAUUAGAUCUACCUGCAGCAGAUACAAGCCCAGCUAUAGAGCAGGGAAUCUUUCCCAGAAGCCUAUCAUCACCACCACCACUUCUAGUCAGUGCCAUGGCUGUUGGUUGCUUUUUGGAACUUAUAGGACUCAUUCUCUGGAUACGGUCAGAAAUACUGCUCUGCAUCCAUGCCUAGUAGGAGGAAAAUACCUUUCACUAGGUUUUCACCCUGUUCCUGCUCAGAAUAGAAAUUUCUCAGGUAAGAUUUUUAAAAAUCCCAUUUUGGGUUGAAAACAAUGUUGUCACAACUCAGAUUUGUUUGGUUCUUCUCAACACAUAUUUCUCUGAACUUUCAAGCCAAAAAAUAUAUUAAUAGGGCUUUGAUGAAUUAUACCUCCUUUCUGUCACUUUUUGUUAGAUUGAAUCAUCUUGAUCAGCAUUAGUGAGACAUGAAAAUUAGCCAUUGUGCUGUUCUAAAUAUUAUUACGAUGCAGGAAAGAAGCCAUCAGAACCUGAUUAAUGUUUCCAAUUAUGAAGACACUCUUAUUAGAUUCCAGAUAAUUUGUUUGCACAGCUGCUUAGGAGGGGAUGGGCACAGGACCUCAUAAGGGCAAUAAUGUAUUAUCUAUCUUUUGUGUGUAUUUUAUAGUAGCUUGCCUGCAUCCUUGGAGCCAGAAAGCAUUGGUCUUGGCAGUGUCAGUAGCAGCCAGGAUUCCCUACACAAAGCUCCCAAGAAGAAAGGAAUCAAGUCUUCAAUAGGACGUUUGUUCGGUAAAAAAGAGAAGGCUCGACUUGGACAGCUCAGUAAGGAAUUAGUUGUACCAGGCUCGGGUCGCUGUUUUUCAGUAUUUUUUUUUUUAAUGGUUUUGGCUUCUUUUUCAUUUUCAUUUUGCUUUUCCAAACAUUCAUUUCUCUUCUAAACUGGUGGGAUCUUUUCCACAUAAUUCUGUUAUACCAUAACUAGUAUUGACUGUCACAUCGUUCACUGUGUUUUUCUAAAUGAGCAGGGGGCAUAGGAUGAGAUUCCUUUACUUAAUUCUGCUGCCUUUACGGAAUUACGAAAGUGUAACUUUGCUAACACUUACACAGUUUAAAAAACCUUGACAGCAAACAUAUGAAUCUGUUGACUUGGCUAAAAGGCCCCUUUCCACAACCACCAUCACCGUCCUUUUUCAGUUUUGUUUAGCAUCCAACUUGACAGAAGACUUGGCUAGCAGAAAACUCAAAGUGGCAUUGGUUCCCAUGCUUUUGCUCCUAUUAUGAAUGUAGUUGCUUUUAGCCUUCGUUUGCUUUCCAUGAAUCCCCUCCUGGAUUCUUUUCCAGUCUUCAUAGCACAAGGCUCCUAUCUGUUUUGAACUUAUACUCAGAUAGAUUAUAAGACACAAAAGUAUCCAUACACUGGCAGAGCUAUGCUAACUGCCUGCCUACGCCACUGUGGUUUGCAGAGCCACUAGCACAUUUGUAGCCAGCCACUCACAGCAGCAAAAGGGGAGGCAGGCAAUUCUGGCCCCAAUCCUGCUGCUGCUGACUUAGUAAAGUGACUAAUAGUUGUAAUUCUAUUCAUUUCAAUAAAACUACACCUUUUAGUGGCUUUGCUAAGUUGCCAUUUGUAAAAACAAAACAAAGAUUUAGGUAACUGUCAUUUGAAACAGAUGGCCAGAACAUAUUGGUGAUUAUGGAUCCUGUUAGAAUAUGAAGAAUUUCCACAGUGUCUUACAGUUCGUAUUUAAUAUCUUCAUAUCAUUGUCCAUUUACGUUAUUCAGGGGCAACACUUUAGGUAAGUUUUAUCCUGAAUCAUUUCAUUCAAAUAAAAUUGGAAACUUCCACUUCUCAGCUUCCACAUCCCUAUUGACAAGAAAGAGCAAGGAAACCAAUAUUUAACCUAAAUAUUUAGGAUAUUUAGUGAGCAGCCCCAGUUUACCCCGGGGCAAGCAAAUAGUGAAUACAGCCUGCCUAACCCCCAUAUUUUUAACUUUUCAUGUAAAAUAUUGUACAUUCUGAAAUAUAGUGUAUGUAAACAAAAAAUAAAUAGGUUGAUAAUUAGCUUAGUGCAGAAUGGUCACUUUUCUCAUUAUUAGUAACAUUCUAGUUCAGACCGUCCUUUCAUCUAGCAUUGGGGGAAAUGAGGUGAUUUGGGUUUUUUUAAUAUGGUACAUUCAAUAUAUUUCACAAUCAAUUUAAUGAUGAGCCCUUUGACACAAACUAGAUGUUCCCAUCUGCACAGACUAAAAGCUUAAUAUCUGUUCCAUGGCUUAUUCAUUGUCAGUUAAAUUAAUCAAGAUCCAUUUUAUUGAUAUUGGCAUACUAAAUACUAUUGGCAUACUAAAUACUAUUACGUCUGAUUAUCUUCUUCUUCUUCUUUAGUAAGUUGAAGGCCCCAGGGAUCAAGAUAUAAUAAAUGCAUUCAUAUCCAUUAUGCUCUUUAGAACAAAAUAGAGAUGUCAACCUGUAAAAGCUGUCCUGGGGGCAAUAUUAGUUGCCCAAUGUGCUACCCCCUCCCCAUGACUGUAACCCACCACAACAUCAUAACUGCAUAAUUGGAUGAAAAUCCAUCCAUAGUUCUGAAGAAGUACUUGAAGUAAAUCACUGCCAAAUGUUUGUAACAAACAGGGGUUUUCAUUUCCACCUUAGUUCAACCAAAGCAGUAGUACGUUCAAAAGUAAAAUAUGCAACCGAUAUUAAUAAAAUACAGUCAUACCUCGGGAUACAGACACUUCAGGUUGCAUUUUUUCGGGUUGUGGACCGCCGAAACCCAGAAGUACCAGAAUGGGUUACUUCCAGGUUUCGGCGGUCACACAUGCGCAGAAGCGCUAAAUCACACUUUGCGCAUGCGCAGACGCACCAAAUUGCAACCCACGCGUGUGCAGACGCGCCGCUGUGGGUUUCGGAUGCUGUGGGUUGUGAACGUGCCUCCCGCACGGAUCACGUUCGCAACCCAAGCGUCCACUGUAUAUUCUGCAGAAUACCUGUUCCUCUUUUUUAAAAAAAAGUGUGAGAGCAAUGGCAGGAAAAAGAUUGGCUUUCCAUUUGCAUGUUUUUGGAAUGGAAAGCCCACAACUGAUGCUCACAAUGAUCCUUCAUAACUUGUAUAACCUGUAUUUUGUGCUAUCUGUACUCAAACAUGAAGUACUUCGUAAGAAGGCGAACUCUAGCUAUCUAGAACCUCCAUAUCUCUAGCUAUCUAGAACCUCUAUCUAGAACCUCCAUACAAUGGGAGAGAGCCAUUGCCUUCAAGUCCUUCUUCCUGGAGGCAUCUACAGUACUUGCUGGUCUAGAUCAACCUCUAAUCUAAUGCCUUCUGAUAGGGAUUUGUGCUCUUGUAUAUGGCAGCAAUUAUAACGUUGGAAACAAUGUCAUUUGGUUUCUUUUUGUCCUGUGUCACAAUAGGACUUCUUUUUUCUUUUCUUUUUGAACGAGAAAAGUUGCUUCAACCAUGCUGCAUCUUCUCUGGUCCAUGAUCAUUAUCAAAGAUUUUCUUUCAGAAAACCAUGGUGGUCCUUUCUGUAGUCUUGGUUUCCAUAGCUUUCCACUUCUGAUGAUUAGCUAGGAUCAAGUCACAUAAUGUGUUAAAGAGAUCCAGUUUAGUGUUGUUGUUUUCUAAUUCUUUGACCAAAAAAACCUGACUCAACGAUGCAUAUUUAAGAUUGAGAGUAGGGAACUCUUUCUCUCUUUUUUCCCUUCUUUAUCCUUUGAACUUGCUGUCCUUUUGUCGUCUCAUUGACUCUCUCUGCAGUCUUCCAGCAUGCUUUUGAAACAUCAACUUUUGUUUGUGUUCUCUAUUGUUGGAUCUGUGAUGUCUUUUCUUAAAUUCAAAUAAUGUAUCACAUUGGUUGGCAAGAACAGGGUCCCUCCACCCCCAUCUAAUUGGAGAUGGAGAAAACAUGUGAAAAUGUUUAAGAAUAUGACUUGUGUAACCACCCAGUUACCUUGUGGUAUUGCUUUUAAUUUAAAAUAGCACAAUGGUACACUAUAGCUCAUGCCAAUGUUUCAAGCUCACAGUUGCUUAAAUAUGAUCCAUAACAGAAUGCAUGUCCUAACUGUGCUUGGUCAGAUGAUGGUACAGCUGAACAAGAGGAGAUUUACUGACUCUGAUAUACUAUAUCUUAGGCAGUGAUCCUGCAUGUACAUCUUUCAUCUGUCUGUGCAAACAGUCUAUAUUGCUGGUGGCAUGCUCUGUGUGUUUGUGUGUGUCUCCAGACUCGAAGGUGUCUGAAAGAGGGAUGUGUAUAAUCAUCUUACUCCUGCCUCCAGUAAGCAAGCACUUUUGUCUUGUUUCAAAAACCUGCAAAACCUGCAUGACUAGAGGCAACAGCGAGCAGAAGAAAGGCUUAAUGGAAACUGAUACCUCUAAAAAAACCCCAACCCAUUUUCAACCACCUUUAAAACUAUUGGUUGUAUUCAUAAGUAAGGAGGUUGGAAGGCCACUCAUGCAAAGGGACAUUCCUGGCCCCAGUUCCUCACUACCGCACCCCACACAACCAAUAUUUGUUGGUAUUUUAAGGUUGUAUUUUGCUGCUUGGUAUGGUUUUAACUCCAUUUUAUAAUUCUUUCCCAUGCUGUUUUUUUAUUUUGUUGCUGUUGACUUUUGUGACUUUGUUUUCUGUACAUACUCUUUCCCCUUUUUGUGUGAUACCAAGAGAGAUCAAUAGCUACUGGGCAUCUAAUAAAUGCAUUCAAUAAAAAAUGAAGCCUCUUGGCAGCUGAGGAGUCCUCAAGAAAGGUUUUGGUAGGAUGUAGUGCCCCUAGAGGACACUUUUAAGAGGCCUAGGAUGCUGUAUUAGGAAAAGAAGGAGUGUGGACAAGCCCUUUUCCAUACAUAUAUUCCACACCCAUAACUUCUGGCUACAGCCCAUUUUCUGUUUUCAUUCUGUUAAGAGGCAGCUCUCGGGAAAAACCCAGCUAAUUUCAUACUUUCUCCAAAGCAUUAGGAAACUACAGUUUCCUACACACAGAGGACUCUGUUUUUAUCCUGUAGUGCUAUGCAGUCAUCAGUACAUAAUAUGACUCGCCUCCAUAUUGAACAGUCCUGCAGUCAGCAGACAUUUCCCAUACCUCACAGGAAACCCUGUGAGUGACUGUAUAUUAAUAAUCUGCUGUUGAGGCACCUGUGGCUUUUGCUGCUUCUUUUUCUAAGGCGUUGAGACCAUCCUACAAACGAUUUCCUUGUUGCUAGUUCUUAUAUGUCCCAGUGGAUAGUGAGGAAUUAGCUUCUGGAUUAGGUAUCUUGCUUUGCUUUCCACCCCAGAAAACAGACUUUAGAAUUUCACAGACCAAAUGCUAAACUAAUAGAGCCACUUGAAAAGAAUGUCAAUGGAGAAAAUCUAUUUGCUGUUUUGACACAGGAGGUUACAUGGAAACAGAAGCCGCAGCACAGGAAUCUCUGGGAUUAGGCAAACUGGGAACUCAGGCAGAGAAAGACCGAAGACUAAAGAAAAAGUAG